UCUAACAGGUGAAGUUUUAACAUAGUCAGUGAGGUGUAAUUAUAGACAGAUUUCGUUUCUAGAGCUGCUGUAGUUUUUAUUUUUGCCCUCCAUUUGACACUGGAAUCGGUGCUGUGGGAGGGUUUGUUUUCUAGUUUGUUUUCUUCCAUUAAGUACACUGGAACCUUUACUAAUGAACUUAUUCAGAUUUUAAGAAAGAAGAACUAAUGUGAGGACUGAGAAUGGGAUCAGACGAGGCCUACAACUUUGUCUUUAAAGUGGUUUUAAUAGGGGAGUCGGGUGUAGGCAAAAGCAACUUGCUUUCACGUUUUACCAAGAACGAGUUCAACCAUGACAGCCGGACGACCAUUGGUGUGGAGUUCAGUACAAGGACCAUGGAACUGAAUGGUCUCACCAUCAAGGCUCAGAUCUGGGAUACAGCUGGACUGGAGCGAUACCGAGCCAUCACGUCUGCUUACUAUCGUGGUGCAGUUGGGGCACUUUUGGUUUAUGACAUUUCAAAGCAACUGACAUAUGAGAGUGCGGAGCGCUGGCUGAAGGAACUUUAUGACCAUGCAGAUCCUCACAUUGUGGUCAUGCUGGUUGGCAACAAAUCAGACCUGGAAUCUCUAAGAGCAGUGUCAACCACGGAUGCGAAAGAUUUUGCAGAAAAGAAUGGACUGCUGUUUAUGGAAACAUCAGCCUUGGAAUCCACAAAUGUUGAGAUUGCAUUCAACAAUGUUCUCAUAGAGAUCCAUAAGAAAGUGAGCAGCAAAGAGGUGACCCAUGGGUCAAUUAGUGCUGUGUCACUGUCCAACACCAGAGCUGGCACAGAUGACACUCAGGGGGAGACGAAGCCCUGCUGCAGGAACUUGUAAGAACAUUCCAGAGUGACAGACAUGACAGUGCAGAGAGAAGUGUGUGUAGAUCAGAGGUCAGAGGCUCUGUCCAUCCAGAGCCCUGUACCAUUCAGUCAUCAAAAAUUCAGAAGAACCUCUUUCUGAUGACUGAUGUGACAAUAGCCAAUGUGACUUGUGAUUUUAAAGAGAAAUUAUUUUUGUACAUCUUUCAAAAUCAUUGGAAUUACUAUUUAAUACACCACUUAAAUAAACCUUUCUUGCCUAGUAUCAUAUAAACUCUUCCACAAUAAACAUUUCUGAAUCAGUAAGGAAGAUGUUACAUAAUUUCUUUGUUUUUUUCAUCCUAUAGGUUCAGUUUUGUCAUUUAGGUUGUAAAAGGUUUUUUAGGUUUAAAAUUUUAAACUAGACACUACAUUUUUCUUUUAAAACUGAUCUGUCCAAUCUCAAAGAUAAGAGUUUAAUGAACUGUACCUGCUGGUCUGUAACUGAUGAUCAUAAAUAAAUAGAUU